CCCGAUACAGGAUGAACCAGUCUUAAGUCUCAGUCAUUAUUUUUACUGAGGUUAAAAUAUAUAUCUUGUAGUCAUGCAUGUGUUGUAGUUCUGUUAACUAUAGUUUGACAGCACAAUAGAUGAUUUGCCUGGCAAAGGAUCCAAAGUCAAUAGCUGCAAAUUCAAUUGAAAGAGCAUGUGGUAAAAGACCUCUACUGGAGGCUUUGGAGAAUAAUUUUGUCAGGUAGCAUGGAUAUAGAAAACUACACAGAUAAAAAGCUUUGACUUUGUAUAGGUAUAUACUUUCCUCUGCUCUAGAAAUAGGGCAAUCAGUGUUAAAAAAGAAUUUUCCACUGUUCACUUGGGUGCUGCCAGUACAAGUAUAAUACUGCUAUAAUAUUUCAAAUGUUCAUCUGGGAAUUACUUACAUUGGCUGAACAGGCAAGUAGGUUACAUAAUUAAUCUAAAAAAAUUAAACCAAAAAUUCAAAGCAUCUCUUUUAUCUCUUACCCAGCCAGCAGAGAUCAAAGUCAGAAAUGCUUUCAAGAAAGAAUUUUUCUUUUGGAGUGCCAGCUGUCUCCAUGGAUGAAUUAGCAGCCUUUGCUGAAUCUUACAGUCAACAGGUUCAUCGGACUGAGGCGAGUCAGGAGCCACGACAUUUUGAGAGAACAGGAUCAAGGGUGGGGCCAAUACAACAUCUGGAGAAUUCAGAUGAUUUUUAUAGUAAAUGCAGGGGAGGAAACCAUGAACCAGUAACAGACCCAGACCGGGGUUGGAGAUACAGUCCACCUAGGAGACGUAUGCAUGAAGAGAAACACCUGCCUAGGCUAGUGUGUCGGACACCUGGGGGAAGUCAGAAGUAUGAUCACUCCUACCUCACUAGUGCCCUUGAAAGGAAAUCACGAAGCUAUGAUGAGAAUGGUGAACAUAGUGAGACGCCUUCAAAACUCAGCUCACAAUCCAGUCAAAGGGGAGGAUCUUAUUAUGCUUGGUCACCAUCAUCAACUUAUAAAGCAGAACAGCAGCAGCAACAACCUCCACAACAAGAGGAAGGAGAAGAUACUCUGCCACCUUACAGCGAAAGGGAAUUGAGUCGGGGUUCUUCAUACAAAAACAGAGAACAACCUAAUUUCAAUUCAUCAGAAAAGAAGAGGAAAAAAGAUCCCCCCAAAACAAAUGAAUUCCCAACAAGGAUGUCCCUUGUGGUUUGAUGUUGCUGUAGAAGAGUUAACUUAAUGGACUGGGAAAACAGAAGCAAAGUCAUGAAGUCUUAAAAAGAAAUAAAUGCUUUCAUAGGGUACAUUCAGAGAUUUGUGUAUCAUCUUGUGAACUGAGAUUUUAUAGUCAGUGUUAGCCGGCUGAUCUCAUGCAAUUGAUGGGCUAACCCCUUGGAAAGGAACACUUGACCAGGAAAUGAAACACAAAGGUUUCUUUUGGCAAGUUUAUCCUCGGAUGUCUUUCUGCAAAGGUGCUUCCUUUAUAUUCUAUCUUGAGCCCUCUCUGGAACAUUUGCAGUUUUAGAGAAGCAACUGCAAUGUAUAGUAGAAUUUUUGUCUUCUGAUAUGGCAGACUUUCCACAUGCACUGGGUCUUAUGUUGCACAGGAAACAUGGCCACAGGUUCAGGGAGUUUGCCCCAUUUCUCUGCUGAAUCACAUACAGACAGAAAUAAAGACUUCAAAUAAAUACUUCAUGAUUGUUGUGAUUUAAGAAAUACUUUUCAAGAAUACCUAGAAAAGGAAAUUUUCAUCCUUUAGGAAAUGUCCUGAAACAGAGAGGUGGGGCAUUGGACUAUGAAGGACAAAGCAACAAUGUAUGACAUCUGAAUUUCAUUUGUUAUUGUUUUUUAAUGUCCUGUUCAUUCAAUAAUGGGAGAUGCCAGUGAGAUUAAUGUUUUAUUUUGAAAGUGAAACUCAAUAUAGUUUGCUGUAAUGAAAAUGUUCCAUGUUAUUUUGCUAUUGUCUGAUAUGAUGUAUCAGCAUUGCCUUACAGAUAAAGUAUAGCCAUAAAAGGCUUCAGCUGGGGUUACUGAAUGGUCCUAUCAUAAGAUGAGCUCAAGCUCAGGUUCUGCUGACAAUACUCUUUGGACAAUUACCAUUGCUUUAGAAAACCAAUUGGGAGGAGACACUACAACUAGAAAGAAUAAAACGAGAUGCAAAGAAAAUGCAUACACACACAUACAUACAGAGAGAAAGUGAAAACAAAGAACAUAUCUAUGUAAAUCUCUCUCUCUCUCUCUUUUAUACUUACACAUAGAUCAGUAUUACUUUGUGAUUGUUAUUACUGGUUAAGACUAUUCUAAAAGCAAUAGAAAAAAAAACCCUAAAAAUUUAAAAAAAAACAUUGGAUAAACCUGACCAUUAAGACCUACUUCAUGUUUUUUAAAUUUUUUGUAAAGCAUCAAUAGUCUUAACAAUUGGGUGGCAGAAUUAGCAGCUUAAAGAGCUCUUGAGUUUGGUUUCUUUUGUAUCAAGUUGAAGGCAUCAGGAAAUUUAAAAAACCCUCAACAUUUUCCCAUGCAUAUUUUUUUAUAAUAAAGGGUUUUAAAAUGUUAAAAAACAAAAGGUCUAAAAUCUUGAAAUAUUCCACGUGAAGACCCAGAAAAUCUGAGAGUUUCCAACCUUAUGAAACUUUGAUUAUUAUUUUUAUUUUUUUACGAUUAAACUAGCUUUAUUUUGUAAUAUUGGAGAAGCCAUGCUGUCACUUUUCCUUCCGUUAACAAAUAACACAAGGAUUGCUGUUAACAAAUAAGAGCAAUGAUAUCCUAACAUAAACCAUCUUAUUUUAUGUGACAACACUAAGACAGUUCGAUUUCUUUUCUGAAAUGUCAGGUUUUUUUCUUGAUAGACAACUCGUUACUAAGCUUUAUCAAUAUCAGAAAAUAUUUCAGAGUUGGCAGAAAACCAGUACAUUGUUUCCUAGCUGUAAAAAUCAUUAGAAACUUCCUGUUAACAUCUUUGCAUAAAAAAAGUUACAUUGUAUGUACUGAUGAAAAGAACAGACAGCUAUAAUUAUUCACAAACUCGUGCCCAACAGAUACACAAGGUUUUAAGUCCAAGGUCAAUCAGCAUUUUGCUGGAACUCCAAAAAUUUUAAUUCAAAAUAAUGGAAAGUCAUCAGCAUGGGGUAAUUGAGCUACCCAUAUGUAAGCUUAGCCUAUACAGUAGCUUUUUAGAUGUAGAAGACUAAUAAACAAGACGCUCUCUUAGUGA